AUUUGUGUCUUUGCUGCUGGUGCUUUCGAAGCGUGAGAAAAAGACAUUGGCGAACUCGCCCUGAAAUGUCCUGAAAUACCACAAAACCUCAACUCCAGUCAGCAGGGAAACGGUUCAAAACACAGAAAAGGUUUGAUCUGAACACUGACUGGACACACACACAUACAUACACACAAGAACACAUAUAUACACGUAGAGACACACACCCACUCAAACACACUGUGGUGAUGUCUGAGGCGGACGGGUGUGUGUCGGUGUGGGAGUGGCUGUGUGUGCUGCAUCUGGACCAGUAUUUCCCAGUGUUCCAGGACGCGGGGUUUGGAACGCUGUUGGAAUGCCAAGGGCUGACCCAGGAUCAGCUGGAGACGAUUGGAAUCACAUUGCCUGGACACCGCAAACGCAUCCUAGCCAGCCUGCAAAAAACACUCCACACAAACACUCACACACACACUCACACACACCCAGAGAGUGAGCCCGACGCUCUACACACACACCUGGCUGCAGAGGGAGACCAGAGAGAGGAAGAGAGAGCAGUGUUCACAGACAGACCCAGCCCUGUGGGGAGUGAGAUACCAGUCCCUGCACAGAGACCAGUGUCCAGAGGAGAGAGACCAGUCCCUGCACAGAGACCAGUGUCCAGAGGAGAGAGACCAGUCCCUGCACAGAGACCAGUGUCCAGAGGAGAGAGACCAGUCCCUGCACAGAGACCAGUCCCUAAGGAGAGAUCAGUGUCCAGGGAAGGAGAGAGGGAUGGAGAGAGACCAGUUCCUGCACAGAGACCAGUCCCUAAGGAGAGAACUAAGUACCGCUCUGUCCCUGUGGAGACAUUGGACUGUGUCCAGACUUACCCUCGUCCCAACACUAGCCCCAGCCCUACCACCCCCCAUUCUAGUGCCCAGGACUCCCCUUUACCCCCCAUCCCACCUCGCAGCACUCCAAACUGCCCCCCACUACGCUUCAUCCCCACCUCCCCUAAAAACUCCCCCACGGCACCCAAACCCAGAUCUGAACAUAACAACUUAAACACCCCAAUCACUGUACCUCCUCCUAGCCUUACCACCAAUCCCCUCACCUUACCCUACCCCAGGCCCUGCCCUGCACCUCUGGCUAUCUACCCACCAGCCAGACACUCCCAGCAGGUGUGGGAGGGAGGAAGAAAGCCCUCCCCUGGUUCCCCCUCAUCCUCAUCCUCCUCUUCCUCCUCAUUUGAACGAUAUGACCAGUCAUCAUCUGAUCAAGGCGUGCCUCCCCUCCCCCCUAAAGUCUAUGUGGUGGGGGCGGGCCCUAAAGAGCCUCAUAGUCCUGCUCCAAUCCCACAUCGACCUCCUGUCUUGCCCUCCAGAACCACACCCACACAGAGUGAUGCUCCCGUCGAUGAGCCGCAUACGGACCGAACUCUACCACCCCCGCCUCGGACCAAGGUACCCAAUACACCAGUCGACACGCAGCCUGCUCUGCCCAUGAGAAGGAUCCCCCAGCCACGGCCUGAAAUCAGGUCAGGUGACAGUUCAGAUGACUAUGAAGAUCCAGACCAAGUCUUCCCCAAGCCCCAGGCUGUGAACAUGGCAGAAGAUCCAGACCAAAUCUACUCCAAGCUCCAGUCUGUGAACAUGGCAGACAGAGAUGUGUUCCUGCCAGUGCCGGGGUGGGGGAAGGGACGGUACAACUCUCUCUGCAGCGACGAUGAACUAUUGGAUGAUGACAAUGAGCCAAUCAGCAGCCAUCGGAGCUCAUGGCAGGACUAUGGUCUGAGUACGCUCCAGGGUAGUGUCUACCUGCCGGUCAGAGGCAGGGUCCUUGCCCCGCCCCCUAGAGAUGGCCCCUCCCCUGAACCCUGCCCUGUUCUAAAGAUUGGUUGGCUGGAUAAGAACCCAACCCAGGGGUCUCUGUACUACCAGAGGAGAUGGGUGAAGCUGGAUGUUGACUACCUGAGAUACUUUGACAACGACAAGGAGGUAUACUCUAAGAGGAUCAUACCAACGGCUGCCAUUACGGGGGUGACCAACGUGGGGGAGCAGAAGUUUGAGGUGGUCACAGCCAACCGAACCUUUCUCUUCAAAGCCGAGAGCGACUGUGAGUCCGUGUCUGAGAGGAAUGAGUGGGUGGCAGUGCUGCAGAACUUCACUAGGGGGCGCCAGGAAGGCAGCAGGGAGAUGACCUCAUUGGUCCCGCCCUCCUUUCUGACCCCUGGUUCACCCCUGACCCCUGAACAGCAGGGCUACCUGGAGCUGAGGGGCCUGCGCUCCAAACUCUACACAGUCGUCUCCGGAGACAAGGUCUUCCUCUACAAGAACAUGGAGGACUACCGCCUUGGCAUCGGUAUCACGUCUAUCGACAUGAAUGUAGGAAACGUGAAAGUCACUGACCGCCGCAGUUUUGAUUUGACCACACCCUACCGCAUCUUCAGUUUUCUAGCGGAUUCGGAACAACAUAAGGAGCAGUGGGUAGAAGCAAUGCGUGACGCAAUUGGAGAAGCUCUGUCCAAUAGCGAGGUGGCUAAUCAAAUCUGGGCAGAGCCUAGCAACUGUUGCUGUGCCGACUGUGGCGCCGCCAAACCUGAGUGGGCUGCCAUCAACCUGUGUGUGGUGGUCUGCAAAUGCUGUGCAGGAGAGCAUCGGGGUUUGGGCCCCAGCAUCUCUAAGGUGCGCAGUCUGAAGAUGGACAGGAAGGUGUGGACAGAGGAGCUUAUACAGGUGUUCCUGUUGCUAGGAAACGAGCGUCUGAACAGGUUCUGGGCGGCGAACAUCCCUCCCAGCGAGGCGCUGAGUCCGACCAGCUGCAGCAAAGCCCGCCGACGAUUCAUCAGCUCUAAAUACAGACAGGGCAAAUACCGCAAAUAUCACCCCCUCUACGGCAACCAGAGAGAGCUCAACAAUGCCCUGUGUAUAAACGUGCAGUGCAGUGAUGUGCUGGAAACGUUGUGUCUGGUGUUCUGUGGAGCUGAUGUGAACUGUUCUACUGGCCAGACUGACUGUCCCUCCCCCCUCUCCCUGGCACUCGCACACAACCAGAAACUACAGGCCCAGUUCCUCUCUCACAACCUCAACACAGAGCUGCCUCGUUCGGAGGUGACUGGGGACAUGGAGCCUCAACACUAUUCACCACAGCACCCAGUCACUCACAAUGGCUUCCUUUUCAAGACCGCCUCCAUGGUCCGGCCUAUUACGGAGCGCAAGGCCAGGGAGGAGUUCAGUCGUCGCUGGUGUAUGUUAAAUGAUGGGAACUUUAGUUACUAUGAGAGUGACAAGACCUCCACGCCCAACGGUGCCCUGAAGUCUACAGAGAUAGUCUGUCUGUCUGUCAACACACCAGAGAGACAUGGCUAUGACCAUACGUUUGAGCUGUACUCUGACUCAGAGCGUCUCUAUCUGUUUGGAACUGACGACCAAGACAGCCACAAGGAGUGGGUCAAAUCCAUCACCAAGAUGUUUAUUCCGUCCAAUGCAGAGGCUCUGUUGAGACUGAGCUUUGAGCGGAUUGGCCGGCUGAAGUACAAGGACGGGUUGAACCUACAGAGCCCUCGGGUUGGCUGGUUUGCGCUGGUUGGCUCCUCCCUCCAUGCCUACCUGGAGGACAGUGAGGAAGAGGAGGAGAUACACCUACGCAAACUACAGGAGCUCUCGAUCCAGCAGGAGAAUGAGGUGCUGGUUCUGGUGGAGAGAGGCAGGACACUGUACAUCGAGGGGGAGAGGAAGCUUGACUUCCAGGGUUGGUGUGUGGGCAUCCAGAAAGCAGCAGGCAGUGCAGGAGACUAUCUUAGUCAGCAGCAACUAACUGAGGCCGACAUCCCUGUUAUAGUGGACCGCUGCAUUGACUAUAUCACACAGUGCGGUCUGACGUCUGAGGGUAUCUACCGUAAGAGCGGUGUGAACAGUCGCGUGGCGGCGCUGUGCGAGGCGUUUCGGCGUGAUGCCCGUAAUGUGCGUCUGAAGGAGGAGGAGCACCAGGUGGACGACGUGUCUAACACACUGAAACGCUUCUUCAGAGAGUCUGGAGAGGGCCUGUUCACCAAACAUGCUAGCGCAUGGCUCAGCACACCUGUGAUCCCAGAGGAGAGCAAGAAGAUCUCUCAGUACCAGCUGCUGCUGAGCCACCUGCCCAGAGUCAACAAGGCCACGCUACGAGCCCUGGUCAACCACCUCUACUGUGUGCAGCGGUUUGCAGAGCUGAACCAGAUGAAUCUCCAUAACCUGGCUAUAGUAUUUGGCCCAACACUGUUCCAGAGCGACGGGAAGGACUUCACAGCUGGCCGCGUCGUAGAGGAACUCAUAGAGCACUACACGGACGUCUUUGAGGUGGAUGAGCAGCAGCUGAAAAGGCAGCUGGAUGAGAUCACGGUCAUCAUUAAAGUUAGAGAGAAGUUGAACCUCAACUCCAGCGUUCCUGCAUCGGGGUCAGCAGGUGACUUCAUCUGUACAGUGUACCUGGAGGAGAAGAAGGAGACGGCAGAGCAGCAUGUCAAGAUCCCUGGUUCUAUGACGGCAGCAGAGCUGACCUGUGAGAUUCUGGACCGGCGGAAGAUCCAGGUCAGGGAGAAAGACUACUGGAGCUGCUGGGAGGUCAGCCAGAAGGAGGAGACCGAGCGUCCGUUGCAUCAUCUGGAGCGUGUGUUACCCAUCCUACACUCUCUGGGUACCGACUCCCACCUGCUGGUCAAAAAGAACCUGGCCAUGGAGGCCAUACUGGUCUACCUGGCCAAUAAAGUGGAUGUGUCCAAGCACGGGAUGGUGAAGUUCCGGGAGGAGAGGAGCAUUCUGGGAUUGGGACUGAACACCGGCAGCUUCCACGACCGCUACUUCAUCCUAAACACUGUCUCCCUCAGGAUGUACAAGGAAGUGCGGAGUAAUCGUUCAGAGAGGGAAUGGCAGGUGAAGAAUCUGAGGGUCUAUCUAGGCAUCAAGAAGAAACUACGACCACCCACCUGUUGGGGUCUGACCGUGAUCUAUAAAAGUGAAAAACAGGAGAAACCAGAGAAGCAGCAAUGGUAUCUGUGUUGUGACACUCAGACAGAGAUGAGGGAGUGGUUCUCCACCUUCCUCACUGUCCAGAAUGAUGGUAACGUGUGGCCAGCGGAUGCAGUACAAACACGUGUGACCCGUGCGUUGCCGGUGGAUACGCGUCAUGGUAACGUGGCAUUGAUUCCGUUGCGUGGCAGCGAGAAUGAGAUGCGGAACAGCGUUGCAGCUUUCACCGCCGACCCGCUUGGCGUGAGUCAAUCCUCCAAUCACUGGGGCCAAUCCAAGCUCUUUAGAGAUGUCUGAUAAUGGGGCCAGACAAGGGGAGAGACCACCAGCUAUAGAACCCACAAACUCUUCAGAACAUUCCAGUAAUGGCGCCCCCCCACACACACACACACCUGUGCCUAUAAACUGGACCUCUAAGCAGGGGAAGCAGGUGUGUCAUGAGGAUUGAGAGAGACUGCUACCACAGUGCCUUUUACAACUGCAGUGCACCCUGGGAUACAUGGAGGGCCUGGAAGACGUUCCCGGUAUAGACUGAGGGAGGGACAGACCUAGAACACAGACGGUUACCGGAGUAGCCUGACAGUACAGACUGUGUCUCUCUGAGAGGCCUGGAGAACCUGUGACAGGUGGGAGAUAAUGGAAUGAUCUUCACUGGAAAUCCAGCCUUCAGUGUCCCCAUAUGUCCCAUAAUAACUCUAUCCCUUCCUCUAACCAUGUCGAUCUCCCUGUUUUUAACUUUCCCCCACAUCUACACCUCUCUGAGACUCCCCCAUCUAUAAAUUGUUCACCCCACUCCCCAGUGUUCUCCUUCCCUGUUUUCUAGACUUGUGUAAUUAUUUAUUUUUCCAGCAGAGGGAGCAGCAUAUUCAACAUUAAGGUGGUUCCACUAGUCGAGAGGGAGCCAUAGAGACGUGUCCAAGUUGAUUUAUGUAGUGACGUCAUUACUCCCAACUCUAGGCCAAACCUGUAUAUACACAUACACACACACACACACACACACACACACACACACACACAGGCCCUCAUAACUGUUUUUGGGCAAAGAAAGAAGUGCUCACUCUGUUUACCAUUUGUCGAAGACUGUGGUGACCUUCCUGUCUGCUACUCUGUAUACUUUAAUAAACGUUUCAGUCAGAACUACAUUCCUAGUUCAGUGAUGACAUGUGGAGGAGUCCGUAAGGAGAGCAUUAUUAAACACCUGACCGUGUGGUUAACCAGUCUGAUCUCCUGAGCUCACAUUCUGUUUCAAUUCAGUAAAAACUCAAUGUGAGCACAGUGAUGAGUCUGGUUUCACAAGGCUAGUGUGACUGACUGGUCAGAAAUGGUCUACUUUUCUGGGGACGCAACAACACGCACAAGUGGUGUAUUCUCAUUAAUGUGAACCUAACACUCUCAAUCAUCAUAUUAAAUGUAACAUGACAGCUUUAACCUGCCUCUGUCUUAUAACUGUAUCUAAGUGAAAGUAACUUUUGUAAAUUCUGCAGUUCUUCAGAUGGUAACUGUAGGUAUGAAUUUCAAUAAAUAAAGUCAAUGUUAUUUGGA